UUCCGAAAAUGCCCUUGCGUUUUCAAAAAUAUGAGACAACACAUAACCUCGGUUUUCAUUUUCAUGGCUGAGAGGCUCACUUGUUGCACUUGAGGCCAUCACCAUUACGCACACUUACUUCCCCACUUUUCUUAUUUUCUCCGAAAAAAAAAAUUAAAUAAAAGGAAAAAUAAUAAAACAUGUCCCAGUUAUGCCGGAAAGUUGGCCGCUCCUCCACCCUCCGGCGACGGUUUCAGCACCGAGUUUCCGUGCUCCGUCGAUCCAUCCUCCGUGUCCUCCACCGCUUCCUGCUCUGCUCCGGAAGGAAGCCGGCCAAUGCCGUGUACACCAUGCUGCCGCCGCAUGCAGCAUUGCCCUCGAGUCCUCCUCCGCCGCCGGCUUCCGCCGUUGAGCCUGGCCGUGAAACGGUGCAGGUUGCGCCACCACCUGUGUUUCACACACAUGACAUGGACUCUGAUUUGGUUUCCUUGAAGAUCACCUUGUUGGGUGACUGCCAAAUUGGAAAAACCAGCUUUUUGGUGAAAUAUGUAGGUGAUGAAAAUGAGCAGCAAGAGCAACAGAGGAAAGGGUUAAAUCAAAUGGACAAAACUUUGGUUGUAAGAGGGGCACGUAUAUCAUAUUGUAUCUGGGAAGUACAAGGUGAUGGAAAAUCAGAAGAACAAAUUCCAAUGGCUUGUAUGGACUCUGUGGCAAUUUUGAUUAUGUUUGAUCUAACAAGUCGAUGCACAUUAAACAGUGUCCUUGGCUGGUACAAAGAAGCCAGGAAAUGGAAUCAGACGGCAAUUCCAGUGUUGAUAGGAACAAAGUUUGAUGAUUUCAUUCAGCUCCCUAUUGAUUUGCAAUGGACCAUCGCCAGUGAGGCAAGAACAUAUGCAAAGGCCAUCAAUGCCACGUUGUUUUUUUCGAGUGCAACCUACAAUAUCAACGUGAACAAGAUCUUCAAGUUCAUCACUGCUAAACUCUUUGACUUACCAUGGACAGUGGAAAGAAAUCUAACUGUUGGGGAGCCCAUCAUAGAUUUCUAAACUGUACAUUAAACAUAGAAAUGUUGGAGUCAAGUGUUCAAAAGUCAACCGGCCAACCAAGAGAUGUGUAAGUAAAUCACACUCUCUUGGGGCAUUCGAGUUGUUAGGUUUAGACAUGUUCAUUUUCUAUGGAAAAAAGACUCUUCAUUAAUCAUCACCAACAUCAAGGUUUUACAAGGAAAGGAAUAAAAGCCAAGUGGGAAAUAAUAUAAAUUUGAAACAGAGGAGAAGGACUAAAGGUAACAAGAGCAUGGAGCUAAUGCAUUAUUCGAGUAUAAAUUAAGUCAAUUGUGCCCUUGUCUUGCUAUGAAGUAUUUGGAGAAUUAGAUACCAGUUAGAGUUAGCCAUUUACUGAAUCUCCUUUUGUUUUGUUUUGUUUUGUUUUGUUUUUAUUUUCUUCACCCCAGCUUUGAAAUUCUUGUAAUUCAAAGCUUCUUCUGAAUAAAUAAAAUCAUUUCAUAUGGUUCCCUUUU